AAAUUAUAGCGUGGUGGGGACUACAGUACCUGUGCUGUACCUGUCCCAUUGCAUGGCUACCAGAAAUACAGAGAACACUAACUCGAAUUCACAAUAAACAUUUGCAAAUUCCUCUAACCGCCAUGGCCGCCGGAGCCAUAAACCUCGCACCACCUCCGAUUUUCUCCCCCUUUUCGCGCCGUACGAUUAUACCUAAAACCGUACGAUUUGCAAUCAGAGCAUCGUCACAGAGCCCCGAUGGUUCGGCUUCGGUGAAGAGCAAAGAGGGAGAAGAGAAGCAGCAGGGGUCUUUGACAUUUGCUCCUCCGCCCAAUUUCAAGGCGCCGGAGCCCAAGAGGUUUGGGGUCCGACCUGAUAAGACUUGGGACAUUCUCGGGGCUUCUCUUGCUCUCUUCUUUCGUUUCGGCACCGGCGUUUUCGCUUCUGGAUAUUCUGUAUCUUUAGUUCCCAAGGAUGAGUUUCCAGCGGGCCAGUAUGCUCUAGAUGUUUCUGAUUACAAAGUCAAAGAAACGUCGAAGUUAGGUCCUCGUCCUGAGAAGCCAAUUGAGAUAUACGAAUUUGAGGGCUGUCCGUUUUGUCGGAAGGUUAGGGAAAUUGUUGCAGUAUUGGACAUUGAUGUUUUGUUCUAUCCUUGCCCAAGAAAUGGACCCAACUUUCGUCCCAAGGUUGUUCAGAUGGGGGGAAAGCAGCAGUUCCCCUACAUGGUGGAUCCAAACACCGGAGUUUCAAUGUACGAAUCAGAUGACAUAAUCAAGUACUUGGUUGGGAAAUAUGGUGAUGGAAAUGUUCCAAUAAUGUUGUCACUUGGUUUGUUAACGACUAUAACUGCAGGUCUUGCUUUGGCUGGUCGGCCAGGGAAGGGUUCUACUUAUUCUCCUGCUAAACUACCACCCAAACCACUUGAAAUAUGGGCAUACGAGGGAUCUCCCUUUUGCAAAUAUGUACGUGAAGUGCUUGUAGAGUUAGAGCUACCUCACAUACAACGGAGUUGUGCACGUGGCAGCGCCAAACGGCAGAUACUCUAUGAAACAGUUGGACAUUUUCAGGUUCCUUACUUACAAGAUCCCAACACUGGAGUGGAAAUGUUUGAAAGUGCAGACAUUGUAGAAUAUUUAAAAGCAACUUAUGCUAACCUAUGAUCGUUCAAAAGUUGGACAUUUUUUAAUAGGUUCACAUACAAUCUCCCUCUCUUAGUGAUAAAUCUUGAGCUAAUCUUGGGCCAAGCUACAAUAAACAUAUGUAUUAGAUGCAUUCAAAAGUUGGUUCUCGAGGAGUUGGAGUGCUUUCUCCUGCUAUUGAAUGUGUAUCAAAAUCUCGAAAUCAUGACAUUCUGCUGUAAUUUUGUCACAUACUAUAGCAUCUGAUACUUAUGAUAUUGAA